GGAACUGCUGUCCAGGGAAACUAGAAGAAAAGGGGUGGGAGGAAAGAGCGAGAGAAAGGAGGGGUUGGGGUGGAGGGAGAAGAAAGGAGAGGAGGAGACAAGAGGGUGAGGAAAGGAGAGGCAGAGGGUGAGAGAGGAAACUGCCACAAGGAGAAAGAACAGGUGAGAGAGGAGGGUUAAAGGUACAUGAAGGUGGAGAGAAGACCUCUGAAGCAGAGAGAACCCAGAGUGGAAAUGUGGAAGGGAAACAGCCCAGGGGGUAACCAGGGAGCAGCCAUGGAGGAUGAACUGGGGGCACAGGGGAACUGGGGUCAGGAGGAUGUCCCAGGCCUCUUGGCCAUGGUCUCCCUGCCCAUCAUGCCUACAUGGCCGUUGCCCCUGGCCUCCUCAGCCUUUACUCUGCUCCUGGGAGCUCUCACUUCCCUUUUCCUCUGGUACUGCUACCGCUUGGGCUCCCAAGACAUGCAGGCUCUGGGGGCUGGGAGUCAGGCUGGGGGUGUCAGUGGUGGGCCUGGGGGAUGCUCUGAGUUUGGCAAGCUAAGCCCAGGGAGCUCUGGGGAGCCUGGGGAAGGACCUAGGACAGAAGGUCUAGUGAGCCGCCGCCUCCGGGCCUACGCCAGGCGAUACUCCUGGGCUGGGAUGGGUAGGGUGAGGCGGGCAGCUCAGGGUGGCCCAGGCCCUGGGGGAGGGCCAGGGGUCCUAGGCAUUCAGCGCCCAGACUUGCUUUUCCUGCCUGACCUGCCCUCACUGCCCUUCGUGCCGCGGGAUGCCCAGAGACAUGAUGUGGAGCUCCUGGAAAGCAGUUUCUCUGCUAUUUUGCGAGACUUUGGGGCCGUGAGCUGGGAUUUCUCAGGGACUACCCCUCUUCCUCGUGGCUGGUCCCCACUGCUGGCUCCUGGGUGCUACCAGCUCCUGCUGUAUCAAGCAGGCCGGUGCCAACCCAACAACUGCCGCCGGUGCCCCAGGGCCUAUCGGGCACUGAGGGGACUUCGGAGCUUCAUGAGUGCCAACACCUUUGGCAAUGCUGGCUUUUCUGUCCUCCUUCCGGGCGCCCGGCUUGAGGGCCGUUGUGGGCCCACCAAUGCCCGGGUCAGAUGCCAUCUGGGUCUGAAGAUCCCACCUGGCUGUGAGCUGGUGGUUGGGGGUGAGCCCCAGUGCUGGGCUGAGGGACACUGUCUACUGGUGGACGACUCCUUCUUGCACACAGUGGCUCAUAACGGUUCCCCUGAAGAUGGGCCUCGAGUGGUCUUCAUUGUGGACCUUUGGCAUCCCAACGUGGCUGGGGCCGAGCGCCAGGCCCUCGACUUUGUCUUUGCACCAGACCCUGGAAGGAAGGUGUUGCCUUCAGACAUUUGGGUUGGAGAGAUACUGCACUCAGGGAUGGCUUGAGUGGUAGCCAGGACCUCCUCUCCAUUGCAGGGUGUGGGCGGGGCUGAGGGAGGCAACUGGCUAGUGAACAUUGAAAUACAGAUCUUAAAUCCUAACUCCUGACUACUUU